GACGUCACCGCCCGCCCCGCCCAGGCCGCGCCGCUCCGCGCCGCUGGCCCUGCGCCUCGGCCGCUGCCGUCUGUCCGCCCGCCCGCACCAUGUCUGUGGCCGGGUUGAAGAAGCAGUUCCACAAGGCCACGCAGAAAGUGAGUGAGAAGGUCGGAGGAGCUGAAGGAACCAAGCUAGAUGAUGACUUCAAAGAGAUGGAGAGGAAGGUGGAUGUCACCAGCAGGGCUGUGAUGGAAAUAAUGACGAAAACAAUUGAAUACCUUCAACCCAAUCCAGCCUCCAGAGCUAAGCUCAGCAUGAUCAACACCAUGUCGAAAAUCCGUGGCCAGGAGAAGGGGCCGGGCUACCCGCAGGCAGAGGCCUUGCUCGCAGAGGCCAUGCUCAAGUUCGGAAGGGAGCUCGGAGAGGACUGCAAUUUCGGUCCAGCCCUUGGUGAUGUGGGGGAGGCCAUGAGGGAGCUGUCUGAGGUGAAAGACUCGCUGGACAUGGAAGUGAAGCAGAACUUCAUCGACCCACUUCAGAAUCUGCAUGAUAAAGAUCUGAGAGAAAUUCAGCAUCAUCUAAAGAAGCUGGAAGGUCGACGCCUGGACUUUGAUUACAAGAAGAAACGACAAGGCAAGAUUCCAGACGAGGAGCUUCGUCAGGCUCUGGAGAAAUUCGAUGAGUCUAAAGAAAUAGCCGAGUCGAGCAUGUUUAACCUCUUGGAGAUGGAUAUUGAGCAGGUGAGCCAGCUCUCCGCGCUUGUGCAAGCUCAGCUGGAGUACCACAAGCAGGCAGUGCAGAUCCUGCAGCAGGUCACCGUCAGACUGGAGGAGAGAAUAAGACAGGCUUCAUCACAGCCUAGGAGGGAAUAUCAGCCUAAACCAAGAAUGAGCCUGGAGUUCCCCACUGGAGACAGCUCUCAGCCCAAUGGGGGGCUCUCCCACACUGGCACACCCAAGCCUGGAGGAGCCCCAAUGGAUCAGCCCUGCUGCCGAGCUCUGUACGACUUUGAACCUGAGAAUGAAGGGGAGCUGGGUUUUAAAGAGGGUGAUGUCAUCACACUCACGAACCAGAUCGAUGAGAACUGGUAUGAGGGGAUGCUCCACGGCCAGUCGGGCUUCUUCCCCAUCAAUUACGUAGAGAUCCUGGUUGCCCUGCCCCAUUAGGAUGUUAUGCUGGCUGGCUCACCUACUUCUGGCCCAGAUAGCUAAGUUUAACCACUGCUUUGGUAAUGCUGCUUACAACACACCUCGGUGCAGGCUGCAGUGGACCAAGCCAUCGAGCCCCACUGUCUGGUUGGCUUGUGUGCUCCCACUGGAGAGUGGUGAUGGGUGGUAUCUUCCACGCUGGUGGCCUGGCAUGUGCUUCACACCAUCUGAGCCUAGCCAGUGGUCAGAACUGCUGUUUACAUAGCUCUCAGGAGGCUGUGGUUCUUAGAAUACGACCACGAGCCACACCACAGAACAACCAUCCUACCGAAGAUAUUGUCUGUCACCCAGAGGCCGUAACAAAGGCUCAAGGUCUCCAUUCACGGAGGAGGAAGUGCUUGGUUUCACAUCGUCCCUUCCCAGAUAUGUGUCACAGAAUCGUGAACGAAAGCCGCCCUCACCAGCAGUUCCCUUCAUCUGAGUCAGUCUCUUGGUGCCAGCAGUAGACAUGUAGUAAUCGUGGAGUGAAAGCAUUCUCUGGAAACAGUCACCUUGUUCACCCUUUAUGCCUGUUUGUGAGGUACAGCCAGUUUUCUGCCCUCUGUGAUGUUAAAGCCAGAGACGAGAUUCUCAUUUAUUUCUAAAUAAGACAGUUGGCAGUCAGCAUAUUAUGGGGUAGACUGGAAGAAGAAUCCUCCACUAUGAGGAACUGGGGAGAGAGAGCUUGUUUCCAAGCUUGAAUUUCUUGCUGUCCAGAAGCGCCGUGUAUGCUUAGGCAUUUUGAAGGGUACAGGGAAGGGGAAACAACCAUCCCCUUGCAGUUUUAUUUAUGAAUUGUGUUUCAUGGAUCUAUUUGGCACAAAGAAACCAGGAGAAAAUACUAGUAACCAUUUUCCCACUACUUCAUAGACCAAGAAACAGUAAAUGUCUUUCCUUCCACUUUGACCUUGUGUUCCUGGAACAUCAUUUUGUGCAUAUUCUGCCCUCAAUGAGGACCAAAUGAAGGUGAUUUUUGUGCUUAGCAGUUUAAGGUAUGUGGCUGCAGAUGCUCAACUUCUCAAUUCAGUUGUUACUUUUGUACUUGUUCUUUCUAUCCCACCUUCAUUUUGUGUAUACAGUGCUGUGUGUAAGCUUAUCAGUGUUGGGUUUUUUCUAUGUCAUGAAAGCCCUGUUAGGUAUCCAGAGUUCUAUUUAUCUAGCUGUACAGACUCUUCGAGAGGUCUAAUGUGCUGCUUCCAAUGUGCCACCUGCGGUAGUGGAUCAUGUGGAGUAAAAGGCAAAUCUUACUGCUUAAUGUAUAAACUCACCACGGGAAGCAUUACUGUUUCCAAUAAAUAUUGCUGAGGACAAACUCAAA